GGCUACUUGAAAAAAAUCUUUUACCUAAUAUAACAAUUGACCAUUAUUAUUAAGAAUUGUUUUCCAAGCAAAAGAUAUAUUUAAAAAUAAAAAUUGAGACUAUUAAAUACAAGCAAAUUCAAUCACAUAUUAUGAAUAAAUAAUAAAAUUUAAAUAAUAUCUCAUAUAUUUAUUCUGGAUUAAAAUUCUUUAGUUAAACUUCGCGUGAAUAAAAUAAAAAAAAAAUCAAAGUGUGCAGGAAUUUAAAAAAAAACUACAAUAUUUCUGACCGAAGGGGCCAAUCUAAAUAGUACAAAAAUGACAUUUGGCUUGAGAAAGUUGAGAGUUUAGAGUAUGAAAAAUAAUUGCACUCUAUAAAAAAGAAGAAAUUUCGUGAAUCUUUAAAUAAAAUUAAUUAUUAAUUUUUUCGAGAUGGCGAUUGGUAUCAGUGAAGAAAAUCAGUCCGUUUUGAACUACAAAGCCUUGAACGUCAAUCCUAAAAUCAAACAAAAAGAACUGCGGGAUUCUAAUGAAAAUAAUAAUAAUUAUGAUCAGCCGAUUAUUAUUAAACAAUAUUCCUCAAAUUCGAAAGGUGUUAUGGCACAGUGUCUGGUGACGGCUGCUGUAUUUAUUUUAAUGGUUGGUUGUGGAAUGCCCAUUGGUUAUAGUGCAAUACUUUUACCCCAAUUACUCGAAAGUAAUGGGACACUUCAUAUUAAUUCUGAAACUGGAUCUUGGAUAGCUUCCGUUCACAGUUUAGCAACACCGAUUGGGGCUUUAGUUUCUGGACCUCUUAUGGAUUUUAUUGGUAGAAGAGGGUGUCUCCAAUUGGCGUCAAUUCCUCUUUGUUCAGGCUGGAUAGUUAUGGGUCUUUCAAAAUAUAUUCAAUACGUGUUCGUGGGCAGAAUUCUGUCCGGAUUUGCUGUCGGAUUGACCGCUGUUCCUGCUCAGGUGAUAUUAGGUGAAAUGUCAGAUCCAGGACUUCGAGGAAUGUUAGUAGGUGGAACAAUAGCUGCAUAUUGUGCAGGAAUCCUGUUAGUUUAUUUUUUGGGUGCUAUUUUGCCAUGGGACAUUGUUGCUUUUUAUGGGACGAUUCCAUCAAUUUUGGGACUUGCUGCACUAUGUUUAGUUCAUGAAAGUCCCGCCUGGUUGAUGAGGCAAAAAAAGGGAGUAGCUGCCAGGAAAGCUUUAUUUUGGUUAAGAGGUGGAGACAAGGCUCAGGUGAGCAGAGAGGCGGAAAUUUUGGAAGCGAGAGCCAAUUCGGAUCUUGCCCGAAAGACGGUGAACUCAUCCAUCAGUCAUCAAAUUAUUUCAGUCUUUUCCAAGAUAUUAAAUCCUAGUGUUAUGAAACCAUUGAUUAUUAUCAAUGUCUUCAACGUUCUUCAGCUUCUCAGUGGAACUUAUGUUAUUGUAUUUUAUGGGGUUGAUCUCAUUAAACACAUAGGGGGAAGCAGUGUCGAUAAUUAUUUUUUGGCUGUUUUACUGGCUGUUAUGAGGUUUGUAUUUUCCCUCUGCGCUUGUUUUUUGUUGUUAAAAGUGGGCCGAAGAACUCUGGGUCUCCUUUCCGGUUUGGGGACAGGUUUAUCAUCCUUGACCUUGGCUAGUUACUUAUUGCUUCGAAAAGGAGUCUCUUAUUACGAUAUUUACAUAAUUGGUGCCUGCCUUUUAAUCUACGUAGCUGCAAACACAGUCGGUUUUAUGUGUUUACCUGGUAUCAUGGUAGGUGAAUUGCUACCACAAAGAGCCAGAGGAUUAGGAGGUGGCUUCAUAUUCUUUUUGUUUCACGUAAUACUUUUCGGAGUAACCAAAUAUUAUCCAAUGGUGACGGAAUCAGUUGGAAUACCUGGAAUUUUCCUUAUCUUUGGUAAUUUUGCAUUAAUGAAUGUUGUCUUUAUCUACUUCUCUUUACCUGAAACUAAAGACCGGACGCUUCAGGAAAUUGAAGAUUACUUCCAAGAGGAAAAUUUAUUUUGGAUGACAAGAAAAGAAGAACGUAAACAAGCUGAACCACUAAUCUGAUGAUUCAUGAUGAUAUAAUGAAACAAUUACUGCCAAAGUUUGAAAGAAUUAAGGUUUCAAAAAAUUUCUUUCGAAUUCGGAUAUUUUUUAAUAUCCCCUUCGAAAAUAUAAAUAUCAGGGGUAUAAAAUAACUAAAAAUCUG